UGGGAAGGAGGGCACAUGAUUCAACAACGUAUGGAAAGCGCAUAAGCCGGUUAGCAACUUCAGGUUAACAAUCCAACCAAAGCAGACUGUGUUCACAAGGUCAUCUGCCGUAUCCAUGACUCCUCACUUGAGUAGCUCUGGCCCCAAACACGAAUACUUUCAGCAAAUUACUUGGUACAGUGAGGUGGUUGACAGCCGGCGGCAGCUAUGAGCACAGGCUCUCUUACUGUUUAAAUGUGCGUACACAGUGGUGGAGAAGGAGUAAGAUUUGGCCUUUCAACUGUGUGUACUGAGACGUGACGGAUUGUGUUUACCUUGCGAUGUACGGAAUAUAGAUAAGAGCAAAGCCACAUUGAGGUAUCUGCUGUGUCCACCGCGUGGAAUCGAACCCCGGAUUUUAGGGUUGUAAGUCCGUAAACUUGCCGCUGUCCCUCCGGGGUACAGAAAUAUAAGAAACUCGUUCUCCGCCUGGAUAGACUCGCCAGUGUUUUCUUCUCUUCAAAUGGACAAAAAUCUUCAAUUGUGCCAGAAAAACAAUCCCAUUCUCCUCAUUAAUCGAUGAGAAUAUCAUGAAUAUUCUACUUUACUAAUAGAAAGAAAAUGGCUACAGAUACGGGAGAUAUUGUUAAGCAGGGAUAUGUCAGAAUAUGCAGUCGCAAACUAGGAAUAUGGCAACGACGAUGGAUUGUGUUACGCCGAACUUCCAGUAAAGGUACAUGUCGCCUAGAAAAAUAUUUGGAUGAAAAAACAGCAUCUCAUGGGGGUGUAUUUAAAAUGACAGUAUUAAACGCUGUCACUAAUGUCUGUCGGGUUACUACAAGUAUCAGAAAGCAUGCAUUUUCUAUCUGUUUUCAAGACUCUGCAACAAAAUGUUUGUCUUGUGAUUCUGCAGACCUGGAAGCAGACACCUGGGUGAAACUGCUAGAUCAAGAAUGUAUCUUAUCCCAGACAGGCCUUGUCACUGGUGAACCUGAUAUUCUUAGCCCAGGAAUCCAGAAGGAACUUCAAGAACAGUUCCAUGUAUACCUUAUGCCUACCCCUAAGCUUGAUGUGUUUGGAGAGUGUUUGCUUCAAGUAACUCAUGAGAAUAUCUACCUAUGGGAUGCAACAAAUCCUCGUAUUAAACUUGUUACGUGGCCUCUAACUGCCCUCAGGCGAUAUGGAAGUGACCCUACAAAAUUUACUUUUGAAGCUGGAAGGCACUGCUGUACAGGUGAGGGGCUGUUUGGUUUUUAUACGUUGGAAGGAGAGAAAAUUUACUGUAAAGUUCAUCAGGCAACUUUAGCAAUAGCUAGAGCUCAUUACAAAGUGAAAAAACAAACAGAUAAAUCCACUUCUAACAAGGAACCACCACCUAUAAAAAAUGCAGCAGUAUCUCAUACUACACUCGCCAUGGUUAAUUCUUGUGAAGGUUUAUCCUCACUUCCUAUAAAUAAUCAAACAGAAUCCUCAGUGGAUAAGAAUGUUGCAGCAGCACGUGUACCUUUGGCUGAAGCAGAAGAAACUAGAAAUGGUCGUAAAAGUCUCUGGAGGAGAAUCUAGUUUCAAGUUCUUCCUUUGCUACUACCUCCUAGUGUCAUCUUCACUGACAUUUGUUACAUUACUAUAUGGACAGGCAAGAGUAAUAAGACUGAACAGUUAGUGUAAACAAAUGAUUAACUAUAGACCAGCAUUCUUUGAUGCACUCGCGGGGUUCCAAAGCUGAUUUUUAUAUUUGAGAUAUUUUUGUAGCUACCUGGAUUUAAAUCUGAAGUUAGAAAUGUUUAAUUUCUAUAGAUCCAAUUUUACAUUUGUUUAUAAUUUUCAAACUUACUCGUAAGUGUAAUGGAAUAUGUGAACAUGUUUUCAAUAUAGAUACCAAUGUGAUAAAAGUUUUUAAUUUAAGAGAGAAAAAUCCGUGUAAAAAAAAAAAAUUGUAUAAUUUCUCUCAUUAAAAUGACCCACCUUUUAUUAUAUGUGGUGUUAGGAAUUUUAUCUGAAUAUAGAAUUUGUCAUACUUAAGAAGAAAAAAAAAUUUUCAUGACCAGGCUUUGAAUUUGAUAUUUACUUUAACAGCAAGUUGUCAUUUGAUAUAGUAAACACAGAAGGAUAAGAAUAUUUUGUUUGAGGCAGGUGAAUAGUCAUGUUUUAUUUUUUCUAUAUGCAAAUAACGUUUUUGGAAAAUUAAUUAGCCUGUCUUUGUUAUGCAAAAGUCAACUAGAUUCCAAAAUUAAAUGCAUGUUUUGAUGUACGUUACCUUGAAAAGAAAAUGUGUGUAUAUACUUGUUAUUCAAACCACAAAGUUCAGAUGUGGUGAUUGUAUAAACAUUAAUAUAGACCAUGUAAUGCAGAUCUUUCUGAAAUAAAAAUGUCGCGAGCAUUUUAUAUUUAUGGCAAAGUUACUAAGGCUAUCCACAGCUAUCCCUAAUUAUGAAUUACUGACAGAGGAAAAACAGCUAGUUGGCAGCACUCUACUAUCCAUUCUAAGGAAUUAACUUGAUACUUUUAUAAAAUACCCACAUCUUAAAGUGGGGGGGACCAUUUUUAGUAUCUACCACAGGGUCAACUGGUGCCCCAAAGUCAUAAGAUUCCAUGUUAACCCUAAUAUUACUAGCAGCUAACUCCAUUUAUUAGUGAGGUACAAACACUAUUAAUUUUAUUUUAAAUCAAUAUAUAUAUAUAUAUAUAUAUUUUUUUUUACAUGUAAUUUGGCUUAGGCCAUAUGAAUAGUCCUGUACAUAUAAUUUGUGAAGAAACUGAUCCACUACAAUAUACAAAUGCUGAGAAAUAUAAUAUCAAAUAUGUUAUACCAUUAUCCACUAAAGAGGUGUUAAAUUUAAUCAUAGUUGGGUGAGUGUUCAGGUAUAGGUUUUCACUAAGAUCUCUGUAAAAUAACACUAUAACAGCAAGUAAAGGAAAUGUUACACGGCUCUCGUAUAUGUUUGUCAGAUCAAUGACAUAGUAUGUGAACAAUUUUAUUUAAUGUGCAAAAAAAACAAACAUUAAACUAUUUUAAACAUGUUCAAUCUAUGUUUACAUGUGGCUGAAUGUUGUUCAGUUUCAGUCACUGCAUGUAUUAUUUGGCAAUGCUUUAAUACUUUUUUCUUUACUAAUACCCACCCUAAGUAAUUUGAGAUCACAGAAUCUUUUUUAAUGCUAGUUACAUUAAAAGUUACGAUACAAAAUUUGUUUGUUCUUGAUAACAAUCUUAAAAGUUAAUGAAAUAGUGAAAUUUACUUGAUGUCAAUGUUUAUACAGUAGUGGGGCAAGGAAUCAUUUUUUCUUUCUUUGCUUUUAACUCUAACCAUAUUCUAAAAUCAUCACAUUUACUUUUAAAUUUGUUUCAUUAGCUCUAAAUUAUAUUACUUAAACUGAACAUUUGUCUCUUAACAAUACAAUUUUUGAAAAUAAUAAACUUAAUCAAGAUUGUUCUCUUUCACACAUUGUUCCAUUCUUGGUUCAUUUUCCAAUAUAACUUGUAUAAAAUGAUAGUCUGUGACCUGACUUGUAUAUUUAAUAAUAUAUAUAUAUAUUUGUAUAAAAUAUGUUACAGAUGAUACAAAUUUAAUAUUGCUAUAUAAUGAAAAGUUGUAUGAUAGCAGCGGUGGAGUUAAUUAUUUUCAGUUUUUUUCUACAUGAUUAAUAUUGCUUGGAAAAAGAAGUAUAUUAAAUCUUAUUAUUGAAAUAUGUAAGGAUCAAGGAAGUCUUUCCAGAAGAAGAAAAUAAAAUGCAUUUAGAAAGAAUCUUAAAAUAUGCCUAUUACUUGAAACAUAUAUUUAAACAGGCUAUCUUUAUUCCCGAUUGUCUUGAAAAGAAGAUCUUGCAAAAUGUGUGUAUAUAGACUUCCAACCUCAUGCUUAUUCACACUUUUUGUUUGUACACAUGAAUGAUCCCCAACAGAUUCUUAAUAUAGAUUUUCCAUCAUGGUAUCAUUGUAGUUAAUAUAAGCAGUAGGUUCAUAUUUAUCAUUUCAACAGCUAGGUUGAAUUGGAUAAAAACUAACUUUAGUUAUGCAUGUUUUACAUGAGGCUUCAACAUUAACUUUGCUGUACACAUGGAUGGAAAUAUCAAAA